AUGGCCGUGUCGUCGUCAGACCCUUUGGGGACGGCGCUGCCACCAAUCUCGAUCACCGCAACGGUGACGAUGGGCCAGCCCGGGCUCAGCGAAAGUUUCACCUUUCAAGGUGACCCCUCAUGGACGGCUACUACUGAGACGAGUAGUUCUGUCGCGCCUGCGACCUUGUCGCGAACGCCGUCUACAUCUGUGGCGCCCUUCCCGACGACGUUGUUGUUGUCGUCGACCUCCUCCUCGUCCUCGCUGUCGGCCUCCUCCCCCACCACCUCAUCUCUUCCUCUCCCUGGCCCUUCUCAACGACCAGGACACUCGGCCCUGGUGAUCGCUGUGCCGACAGUGAUCGGGACAGCCAUACUCCUGGCGUGCAUUGUCUUGCUCUGGCGGCGGUAUCACCCGUCAACAUUUUACAGAUUCCUCGAUCCCUUUUUCUACUGUUUCUCGACGCCGCCUCUGGGUCUACGUUGGCCAGCGCCCGGUAUGAAGCGCAAGAGCAAGACCAACACUAGCGACGACGACCUUGUGGCGCUCCGCACAGUCCGCAGCUUUCGAAGCGACAAAAGGAAGAAGCAGUUCGCAGAUCCAUUCCUCGACACGUAUACAGAAGCAGGGGAGUUGGACACGUUCACCCGUCACCUACGCCAAUACGAAGAGGAGGCGGCUCGGGCUCACAAGAAGUUCAGUUUCGAGGCGGCGCCAUCGACUCCGUUGUCUGGAAGGCGAAACACGUCGACAAGUGCAGACAAGGGCAAUGGAAGUGGCAGUCCGCGACCAUGGUACAAACCGAAAGCCUCCACUGCCGGCCUAGGUAGCCCCAUGUCCAAAAUGCGUGGGCAAUCAUCGAGCAACCGCAGCGCCAGCACCAAUAACGCCAAAAGCAGCAGCGAAAAUGAUGCCGAGCGUCGUAGCAAGUACGGGAAAUACAGCACACGGUUCAACGAUGACACAGCUAGUUUGGAGAGCUGGGAAGAGGCGUGGUUCGCUCUGGGCAGAGACACAGAAGUGAACAAAGACAAAGACGCAGAUACGAAUCCAGCGCCAUCAGCAUCCACGGCAGUCAUUAACCAACCUCCACCUGCAUUUAUUCUUGGAUCUGCAGCUGAACAUGGGCGUGAACGUGCACGAGAACACGGACGAGAAGGAUCUGAAAGGAAUACUGGAACUAGGAACGACAAUGCCGCCCGUGCUGAUCCAACCACCGGGCCAGGCCAGUCGUGGCGCAAACUAGUCUGA